AUGGGCUUUGGCGGUGUGCUGGACGACAGCACCUUUUUGCAAUGUAUGGGAAGCUUUCGCCAUAUAGCAGUGCAGAUGACUGUCAUUCGAAAUGGUACAGAAGUGAUGGAGAAGAAAGGUCUGGAUCUGGAGCACGACUGUCAUUUUCAGGGUACUGUUUCAUCACACGGCGGAGUACCUGUUGCAAUAUCGGAUUGCCGCUCAUUAAUGGGUACUCUAGUAAUGAACGAUCACUUCGUCGUUUUGCAAUCCAUCCCUCACCGACUUCAACAUCACUGUUCUGGAGAGCACUUUGUAUUCAAACGCUCUCCGAGUCUACUAACGAAGUUCGAGCGCAAUGUUGAGGAAGAUGUCAUAAGAUUGAACGAGAUCAACGAGCCUUUCUGUGACACCAGUGAAAGUACGGAUGAUUCGAUCGCAGCGAAAAUCCUUUCCCUCAACUACACGGUACCCUCGUCAGCAAAUUUGGACUCACCAUUCGUUUUUCCGAACAUGGACCCCAUCACCUUAGAAAUCGGUCUAUUUCUCGAUUCUCAAUUAUUUGAACACUUUCAAAGAGAAUACGUCCAAGACGCUGAACAACACUUAUUAGAUUUCUCGCUAGCACUUAUCAAUAACGUUCACGUUCUUUACCAGCAGCCAACACUUUCGCCUAAUCUGGAGAUCGUCAUAGUAAGAUUUGAAAUGUGGAAGUCACAACCGAGCAACUUAGCAACAUUCGUUCACAAGAACGGCCAAGCUCAGAGCUUACUAGAUGCGUUCUGUCGCCAUCAAGCACAUAUCAAUCCUGGAACUGACCUAACUGAUGUCGGACACUGGGAUCAUGGUGUUUUGCUCACAGGUUACGAUAUAUAUCACACAACUGCCUCUGUGGCCGGUGUGGCGCCAGUUGCAAGGAUGUGCGAUCAACUGUUUGCAUGCUCUUUGGUUGAAGGCCUACAUUUAGGCAGAUCAUUUGUACUUGCACAUGAGAUGGGGCACAAUAUGGGCAUGGUUCAUGAUGGAGUGCAAAAUCAGUGCAGUAAAUCUUGUUGUCUCAUGUCUGCUGUGAAUGGCGCUGGUAAAACAACAUGGUCGCAAUGUUCGGUUCGAGAGUUCAACGCUUUUUUGUUACAGCUGGACGAGUCCGGAAAGGGCAAUUGCUUGCGUGACGGUUCUCCUGGGCUGUUGGGGCGCAAUCAUCUUCAAGACGGAAGGGCUCCCGGUCAAAGGUUUACAGCUGAUCAGCAGUGUGCGUAUUUUUGGGGUCGUGAUUACAAAGUUGAAAUACCAAGCGGUCGGUCGAUGGAGGUGUGGUAA